AUGCUUGCGACGGCCGAGCGUGAAGACGAAAGACGGCAGCAAGGAAGAUUCCAAGCAAACAUACGAGACAUAGUUUUUGAAAACCCGCUUCAAAAUAUAAGUGAUGCAAACUUUAUAAAAGACUACCGUCUACACAAAGAGGCAUUCACUGACCUAUGCGAUGUAUUGUCCCAAGAAACCGACUUGAAAGGGUCACAAAGAGUGUCUCUUCAAGCUAAGGUUUUAUGUGCAUUAUUAUUUUUUGCACAUGGCAGCUACCAGAGGGUAACAGGUAAGGCGCACCACUUCUCUCAAGAGGCGGCCAGCGUCUACAUUGAAGAAGUGACGAAGGCGCUAAACCACCCCAACGUGUUAAAUAAAUAUAUUAAAUUUCCGUGCACACGAGAAGAUCGGAAUGCCAUUAAACAAAGUUUCUACAGUAUAUAUGGUAUCCCGGGAGUGAUUGGGUGCUUAGAUUGCAGCCAUUUUAAAAUUUUCACCCCCGACAAGGGAGAAGAACAUUUAUACUUCUGCCGGAAACAUUAUCAUUCGAUUAAUGUACAAAUGAUAUGUGACCAUGAAUGUAGAAUAUUAGCUGUAAAUGCUAAGUAUGGAGGAGCUGCCCACGAUAGCUUCAUUUGGGAAAAUAGUAACAUUAACGAUCACAUGCAACUAUUGCACACGCGCAAUGAAAUUGUUUGGCUUCUGGGUGAUUCAGGGUAUCCUCAACGGCCAUGGUUAAUGACACCCUAUGUAGACGCAAACCCGGACUCUGCAGAGGAGAUUUACAACGCCGCACACACUACUGCUAGAGUUUUGAUUGAAAACACUUUUGGGCGUUUGAAAAAUCGUUGGCGUUGUUUGCACCAGGAGAGGGCGUUGCACUACAGGCCAGAGAAGUGUUCGCGGAUCAUAUUAGCAUGUUGUGUAUUGCAUAACCUUGCUAUACAACAUAACGUGCCGUUUCCCGAAGAAGUGUCAUCUGCAGAACCUCAAGGUUUUUUAUAA